UUGACAAGUUUAGACCAUGUUUUUUUUUUUUCACCGCGUGACUGGUCAAAGAAGCUGUAAUUAGCUUUUUCUUCAGCUGGAGGGAUUGUCUGUGCUGUGGCCACACAUAGGCCUACCUGUGCGGACUUGUUCGCACCUUAAGGAGGGAGGGUGAAACGCGACUAGACAUACCUUUGCCUCACCUCUCUCUCUCUCUGUGCCUCUUUUUUUCUUUUGGCUCUCUCGCUCCAUCUCCCCACUCUCUCUCUCCCUUUCUCUGCAAGCGGAUCUAUAAGCUGAAAUGUCGACAAAUGAAAGAACAAUCCGAGCACUAAAAGAGAUUCUCCUAAAGCCUGGAAAUGACACCUGCGCCGACUGUGGCGCUCUGGAUCCUGGUUGGGGCUCAUGCUCCCUGGGAGUUUUCAUCUGUCUGGAGUGUUCUGGGAUCCACCGCAACAUCCCUGAAAUCAGCAAAGUCAAAUCCUUGAGAUUGUCCCAUUGGGAGGAUCACGAGGUUCAGUUCAUGGCCGAGAACGGAAAUGCAGAAAUGAAAAAAAAAUAUGAGGUCGCUGUACCGGUCUACUACUACAAACCAACUCACAAGGACUGCCAGGUACUAAGGGAGCAGUGGAUAAGAGCAAAGUAUCAGCGGAAAGAGUUUACCGAACCUGGGGGAAACAUAACGUAUGAUUCAGGAAUGAAAGAUGGUGUGUUGAUGAAAAGGGGGCGGGACAAUGGGCAGUUUCUUAGCAGGCGAUUUGUCCUUUCGGAGAGAGAGGGCACUCUGAAGUACUACACCAAAUACGAUGCUAAGGAGCCCAAAGCAGUGAUUAAGGUGGACUCUAUUAAUGCAACGUUCCAACCAGAGAAAAUAGGAAAUCCCAACGGACUGCAGAUCACUUACCUCAAAGACUACAGUACCCGGAAUAUCUUCCUCUAUCAUGAGAGUGGCAAGGAAAUUGUUGACUGGUUUAAUUCAAUUCGAGCAGUUCAGCUUCACUACCUAAAAGUGGCCUUUCCGGGUGCAACUGAUGCUGAGCUCAUACCAAAACUUACUCGAAACUUUCUCAAGGAAGGAUAUAUGGAAAAAACAGGUCCAAGGCAAACAGAAGGCUUCAAGAAACGUUGGUUCACACUGGAUCAGAGACGCCUGAUGUACUUUAAAGAUCCAUUGGAUGCCUUUGCUAAAGGGGAAGUCUUCCUGGGGAACAGGGACAAUGGUUACAGUGUCUCUGCUGGCUUGCCAGCUGGGACCCACUGCAACGGCGCUUGGCAAUAUGGCAUCACAAUCGAAACACCUGACCGCUGCUUCCUGUUUACUUGUGAGACAGAGAGUGACCAACAGGACUGGGUGAAACACUUCAGUGAUAUCAUGAGAGCUCAGAUGUCCCCUCAGGAAUACACAAUGGAGGCCUUGUUAAGGCACAGACACUGACAGAUCAGAGGCUUUUGAGAUGUUUCCCUUGGUUCUUCGCCAGUCAACAGUCUGCAAGUCCAACAGUGACUCUUCUGCUCACAAGCUGGAGCUUGUUGCGUGUUUAGAAAACUAUGGACACAUAGGAUAAAUAGCACAUUAAUUUCAUUAUCAGAUUUUUAUUUCAUUUAACAUGUUGAAAGAUUUUUACCUUUGAAUGAACUGAAUAUUUGAGACUGCAGACUAAAUAUGAAAAGCAUUCUUUCUACAUGCUCAUAUUGAAUAAUAAUAUGCAAGAAUUUGUCUGGCAAACAAUAUUUUUAGAGACAAAGCUUUCAUGAAACAGUAAGUUGUAUGAAAUUGUAAUAAAAGUAAUUAAUUUAAAGCUAAUAAGCUCUGUAACUGAUUAAAAUAAACUUUCUCUGUUAGUUAAGUAGCAGGUAGUAGAAUAAGUGAGGCUAUAUGAAACACUGUUUUCUUUAAAGAGAAGGAAAUAAUUUUUUUGAACUAAUGUCUGUACUGCAAUGUUGCUACAGGUUAAAAAAAUUACAACUUCUAAAUAAACAUACUAUAUAUAUAUAUAU